ACGACUGUUUCAGGCGAAAUGGCAAGCUCGUUUCUAGCAAGAAGGGUUUUCGCUCCAUCACUACGUCGCAUGACGACUACUGCAUCUACAAGUGAAUUUAAGAGGCAUCUGGUAGAAGAGGAGGUCCAUGCUGGAAGCACCUGGGUCAAUUGGAGACGUAUUUCAAUCUUUGUGGCAGUUCCUGCCGUUUUAGUUUGUGCCUGGAAUGCUUGGGAAAAAGAAAAAGAGCAUGCAGCCCAUGGUAGAGGAGAGUUUGUUCCAUAUAAUCAUUUGAGAGUUCGCUCAAAGCCAUUCCCAUGGGGAGAUGGAAACCAUUCUUUGUUCCACAAUUCGCAUGCAAAUGCUUUGCCAGAAGGUUAUGAAGAUGAAAUUGAAGAAUAGAGUGCCUUGUUUAUUGACUGAUAUGGUCUAUGUCCUAGUUCACAUACAUUGUUAUUUUAACAAAAAUUAAACAUAUUCUUCGUACAAGACACUAGACACUUCCUGUAGAAUUUCUUUGAUUUCCACUGUUGUGAUAUGAAAUAGUUGUGACAAACCAGA